AUGCUGGAGCAGAGCCUUUUGAUUCCAGAGGUCCCGCCAGCAGUGAUCGACCAUCAAGGCGACGGGAGCGCUGCCCGGCGCCGUGAGCGCGCGCCGCAGCUGGAGGGCGAGUCAACUCACUAUGGCGGCGCCCUAGACGGCGCAGUGAUUGACAGCCGCGACGCGGACCGGCUGAUGCUGCAGCGGCAGUUUGACCAGAGCGGCAGCGCGCCAGCGGGCGAGAGCUUGGCGGUCGCCGGCGAUGUCGGGCGCGUCGAGCCCGGCCUGAGCGCCGCCAAAGACAUAAUGAACCGCAUCAAGCACUGUACCCACUGGAAGGAGGUCCGCGCGCUGGUUUCCGAGCACAGCGGCUGCCUCAACGCGCUGCACAUCAGCGCCGCACUCGUGACGGUUGCGCAGGUGGAGCGGCGCGGGCGCAGUGCUGGCGUGGCCCGUGGCGAGAAGGGCGCAGCAGCAGCGGCGCCGGCGACUGUGGCAGAGGCGGCGGAGUUGGGUGCGUUUGCUGACCGGCUGCUGGCUAUGUCUGGGCGGCUGAUGGGCAGCAUGCAAACGCGGCAGGCCGCCAACAUGCUAUGGGCAGUGGCGUCUCUCAGCAGCAGCAGCAGCAGCAGCAGCGCUGAGGCGUCGUCUACGCCCAUCAAAGCGUGGCGUCCGCCGGAUGCAUGGGUCCGCGCCGCGUUCGGCGUGUGGCGGCACGAGCACGCGGAGCCGCCGCAGCUCGCCAUGAUGGCGUGGGCGCUGGCCAAGCUCGGCGCGGCGCCCGGAGAGGAGUGGGUUGACGGCUUCCUGUCCGCGGCGCAGCGGCAGAUGCACCAGAUGCGGCCGAGCGACCUCGCGCGACUUGCGUGGGGCCUGGCAGAGAUGGGCGUCGCCCCCGCCGCGGCGUGGACGGACGCGCUCGCCGACGCUGUGAGCGCGCAGGUGGAGGCGAUGCGGCGCUACACGGUGGUGGCGCAGCAGCGCAAGCAGCAGCGGUGGCUGGCGCGCGCGCAGCAGCUGCGCCAGCGGCGGCAGGAGCAGGAGCUCGAGCGGCGGCGGCGCUCAGCGACUGCGGGCGGUGACGCGGCGGGGGCCGAGGCAGACACGGCAGCAGCGGCGCUGCUGAGGCAGCAGCAGCAGCGCAAGCAGGGCAAGGAGGCGCAGCGGGCUCAGGAGGCAGACGCGGAGGCGGCCGAUUUGCCGGAGCGGCGGGACGGGGGCGGCGCAGUUGCCGCGGCGGAGGUGUGCAGGCGGCCGCCGCGCUUCAGUCCGCAGGACGUUCAGAUGCUGCUGCAUUCUCUGGCGCAGUGGGCUGGCAGCGCGGGCCCGCGCGCCGCCCCGCCGCGCGCGCUGCGGGCGCUGCUCACGGCGGCGCGUGCGGGGAUGCGGUCUUUUGACGCGCAGGCGCUGUCGUCGGUCGCGUGGAGCCUGGCGACGCUUGGGCACCGGCCCGACUACGGCUGGUGCGCGCAGUACCUGGAGCGCGUCCGCCAGCUGGCGCCGGCCAUGAGCCCUCAGGGCCUGUCCAACACGCUCUGGGCCCUCGCCGCGCUCGGCGUGCGCCCGAGCCCGCCGUGCAUGCAGGUGCUCUCAGCGUCGGCGGCGGCGCGCGCCGGCGGCAUGGCGCCGCAGGCGCUGUCCAACCUGCUGUGGGCGCUGGCUGUGCUGGAGUAUGCGCCAUCCGGCGCGGACGCCGCCGCGCUGCUGGCGCGCGCCGAGGCGGCGCUGCCGCGCAUGACGCCGCAGGCGCUGGUCAACUGGCUGUGGGCGUCGGCACGGCUGGCGCUGGCGCCGCGCGAGGGUUGGCUGGCGCCGGUUGCGAGGGAGAUCGAGGCGCGCGCGGACGAGCUGUCAUCCCAGGGGCUGGUCAACUCGGUCUGGGCGCUUGCGCGGCUGGGGCGCGGCGCGGGCGACCCGAUGCUACUGCUGCUGCUGCGGCGCUGCGAGGCGCUGCUCUCGGCGCAGCUGGCGGCGCUCGACCGCGCGACGGCGGCGGGCGGCGGGGGCACCGCCGCCGUGGCAGAGGCCGCGGCGGGCCCAGCGGCGGCGGGGCCGACGGCGGCGGCGGAGCAGCAGCGGCGCGGCGCCGAGGCGUUCCGCGCGGCGGCGCGGGAGGCGGGCGGGCUUGCCACCGAGGAGGUGUGCGCCCUGCUGGACACGCUGUCGCUGCUGCACAAGCAGCAGCAGGAGGCGCCCUCGGGCCCCGCAGGCGGCGGCCUUGACGCGGCCGCCGAGGGCGGCGGCGAGCGGCGGGCUCACAGCAUUGCUGGUGGCGGCGACGCCGCGGCCGCAGCCCUGGCCCAGCAGCUGCUGCCGAAGCUGCUGCAGGUCGCGGAGGCGGCGCUGCCCGCCUGCAGCCCGCAGGAUCUGUCCGUCAUGCUGCGCGCGCUGGGGGCGCUCGGGCACCGCCCGAGCCGCCGCUUCAUGCACGCCUGGCUGGCGCGCUCGCAGGCGGCGUUCCCCGUGGCGCUGCCGAUCGACCUCUCCCAGAUGCUGCACGCCCUGGCGGGCCUGGGCUUCCGGCCGCCGCCCGGGUGGCUGGCCGGCUUCCAGGUCGCGACGUACCGCCGGUUCCCGCGGUACAACGCGCAGGACCUGGCGAUGACCCUGUGGGCCUGCGGCAAGCUGCGGCUGCGCCCCGACCCGCUGUGGGUGCAGGCCGCGCUGCGCGAGGCGUCGCGGCUUACGCCGGAGCUGCUCACGCGCCACAUGGCGAGCAUCGUCUGGGCGCUCGCGCGGCUGCGGCAGCGGCCGCCGGAGGCGUGGGUGGACGCGCUGUGCGAGGCGGCCUACAGGAAGCUGCCGUCGUUCGCGCCGGGGGAGCUCUCGCGGAUGCUCUGGGGGCUGGCCACUCUCAACUGCCACGUGGACAAGGAGUGGCUGAGCGAGGCGAUGUCACAGGUCGAGGGGCAGCUGCGCGCUGACGAGGACUACCUGUCCGACGACGUGUGGUGCCCCGACGAGGUGGCGCGCGCCGUAUGGGCCCUCAACCGCCUCAAGGCCGAACCCGACCAUGCCUUCAUGGCCGCCUGCCUCCGCCACUGCUUCACGCGCGCGCGCCGGCUGAGCCCGACGGGCAUCUGCCGCCUCAUGUGGUCGAUCGGGAACGUGCAGGGCUGGGCGCCGCCGCGCGGCUGGGUCGCGCGGGCGCUGGCGGCGACGCACGCGCGGAUCGGGGGCUUCCGCGGCCUGCAGCUUGCGCUGCUGGCGACCAGCCUGGCGCGGCUGGAGCACAGGCCGCCGGACGCGUGGCUCGACACGUUCGCUGCGGCGGCGCGCGCGCGGCUCGACAAGUCCAACAGCCGGGUCAUCACCAACAUGCUGUGGGCGCUGGCCACCCUGGGCUACCGCCCCGACGACGCCUUCCUGGCCGCCUGCCACGCCCGCGCACUGGCGCGGCCCGACAAGCUGUCGCCGCCGCAGCUGCUGCAGCUCACAUGGGCGCUCGGCGUGUUUGGCUGGCGGCCGCCGGCGGGGGCGGCCGACGCGCUGUUCGAGCGCGGCAAGGGGGUGCUGGACACGCCACGCGCGAGCCUGCAGCGCAUGCGGUGGGCGGAGCGCGCCGCGGAGACGCAGGCGAAGGCGGCCGCCGCGGACGUGGGGGCGGCCGCGGCUGUGCGGGCGGGGGCGCGGCGGCUGCAGUAG